CUUUUUUUCCGGCGACCAUGAAUCCCAACCCACAAACCCCGCUGCUGCCCACGAAUGGAUCUGGCUCCUCCUCGAGCGAAACCGAACUUGAAUCGAGUCCGAAGAGGCAGAAGAUCGAUGAAGAUGAUGGCGGCGACGUCAUGGGCAGUGGCGACGAGGAGGAGGAAGAGUGGACUCAGACUAUGGGGAAGCCCUUAACCUUGUAUCCUAAAACCGAAGAAGACGAGAAGAAGAUGUCGCUCUUCUAUGACCAGGUUUUGGCUAGCGAGGGAUUCGACUAUGACCAACAGCCCCCGGUGGACGUCGUUGAAUACGGGGUUUUGCGGGUCAACAUGAAGAAUGCUGGGUGGCGCGAGCUUGUCGUCGAGUGUGUUGAUCACGUUGUCGACGAAAUGAACAAAUCGUCCGACGGGGGGUGGAAGUUGGUCGCUGGUGAUAUUGUGAAGGCCAAUAGGCGAGCUGUCCAGGGUUGUAUCUUC